UAAUUUAAAGGAUGAAUUUAAAACUUUGCAAUUUUAUGAAAAACUCUUGGAUGCCUAUUAAGCGAAAAAUUUCUGUACGUUGUAUGGUUUACUACCAAAGAGUUGUUCUGGGAAUAGAAACAAGCUGUGAUGAUACUGGUGCUGCUGUUGUUGAUGAAAAUGGUAGAAUACUGGGAGAGGCUCUUCUUUCGCAGAAAGAAGUUCAUUUAAAAACAGGAGGAAUCCUACCAACUGUGGCACAACAACUUCAUAAAGAUAACAUUGAUAGAGUUGUUAAUGAAGCCAUACUGUCUAGUGGCAUCUAUCUGCAUGAGGUUUCAGCUAUCGCCACAACAGUGAAGCCUGGACUUGCAUUAAGUCUUGGAGUUGGUGUUUCAUACAGCUUAAACUUGGUUAAACGUUAUAACAAACCCUUUAUACCGAUCCAUCAUAUGGAAGCUCAUGCAUUAACUAUUCGAUUAUUGCACCAAGUGGAAUUUCCAUUUUUAGUACUUUUAAUUUCUGGAGGCCAUUGCAUCUUGUCUAUUGCUAAUGGGGUAUCAGACUUUUUGCUGCUUGGACAGUCACUAGAUGAAUCACCAGGUGAAGUCUUGGACAAGGUUGCUAGGAGACUUUCAUUGUUCAAGCAUGCUGAAUGUUCUUCCAUGAGUGGUGGACAAUCCAUAGAGUACUUGGCUCAGUUUGGUAACAAGCGGUUUAUCAGACGCCAACCUCCAAUGUCACAGUACCAAGACUGCAACUUUUCUUUUGCUGGACUUCGAAACCAUUAUGAUCAUAUUAUUCAAAAACUAGAGAACAAUGAAGGAAUACGGAAGGGGAUAUUGCUUUCCUGUGCAGCUGACAUUGCAGCCUCAUUUCAACACUCUGUUGCACAUCACCUGGUGAAACGUACUCAACGAGCUAUUUUCUUCUGCAAGCAAGAAAGACUUUUACCAUCUUCAAAAGCUUCAUUGGUUGUGUCUGGAGGAGUUGCCAGCAAUGGAUACAUUCGCAAAGUGCUACAAAAUUUAACAGAUGAUAUGGAUAUGUCUUUGUUUUGUCCUCCACCACAACUCUGCACAGACAAUGGCGUAAUGAUUGCCUGGAAUGGCAUUGAGAGACUACGCAUUGGUGCUGGAGUCUUAGAAAAUACAGAUGACAUACGUUAUGAACCAAGAGCUUUGUUUGGCAGAGACAUCUCAGAACAAGUUAAGAAAGCUGCAAUAAAGUUACCCUCUCUCAAGAAUAUAAUGUAAUCACUGUGAAUAAUAGACUGCCUGAAAGAACAGAUUUGCUACUUAUAAAGGGUCCAUAGAAUUGAUAUUCUUGUUAAUACCUAGCAUAUAAAAUGGAAACUGUUUAUUAAAAGCAUGCCAGCCUUAUGUUUUUAAUUCCUUCUAUGCCUAUGUUGUUUUUUUCAAAGU